CCAACGUCUUCAACAGUUUGGAAUUUUUUAAAAAAAAAAAUGUAAAUACUUUCUUGCAGUCACGUACUUUGUAUACAAUAGCCAAAAUGUAACAAUGCGUCUUAGGCAUUAGUCCAUCGAGAUGGUUAAUGGUCUUUAAGUGAAAAAAGAACUGGGGUAGUAGUAAUGACCUGUCUAAGCUUAAGGACAUUGAUCCUUUCUAUUCAGGUCUUGGUGAAAAAGAUACUGUUGAACUUUCUUUUUCCAUUCCUAGUCGUCUAUUGAAUUAUUAUUUGUCUGCUCGAAUAUCUACUGAUGGCUAUGAUCCCUAUGAAUCAGUUUUGUCAUGUACUUGAGGUUUGUAUUUGUUAUGGGUAUGAUGAUGAGGACAGAAGUUGAUUUUUCGAUAAAUGUCUGAAACUAAAACUGAGAUAGAUAUGCAUUGAAUAGAUGGACCCAACGGCUCACAUGGAUACCAAGGUUUAUAGUGUGACAUAUGCGACUUCUCUACUUAUAACUUUCUUAGGGCCGGCUUAAGUAAAUGCAGCCAUAAAUCAUAACCCAAGAUUAUUAUUAGUAGAUUGAUAUUUUGUCAUGGUUUUCUUUUGAAAGACUAAUCUGAUUCAAAUAAUUUUUGUACAAAGUAAAUUUGAAGUUGAAUUGAGUUUAGAAAGUUCAAAAACAUAUUUUAAUUUUUUGUCGACUGGCGGCUAUUUGCUCCGUUAUACGUAUGAUACAAUUUUCAAGUACCAAACCUUUGGUACGUUCCAUUAUCUGAGGUAUCAAAUAAGAUAUCCCAUUUGGAAAAUCAUAAGAAAAAUAAACAAGUGAGAUCUAACAUAAAUGUCAUUUUUGAAAAAGAUAUUACAAUUCUUAGACCAAGUCCACAUUUGUCUAUUGGCAAGAACAAGACUAAAAGUCAGCAAACACCUACAUUACAUCCUGAAAAACAAAUGACCAAACUACCCACCGUCUACCCCUAUAUAUAUAAACCUCACAACCUCUUCCUUAUCACUCACAAACAUAACCAAAUCAUGGCUCUCACUAAAAUCUCCUUAGUCCUUCUUCUCUGCCUUUUAUGUUUAUAUUCUGAAACCGUCAAGUCUCAGAACUGCGGUUGUGCCUCGGGCGUAUGCUGUAGUCAGUACGGUUAUUGCGGUAAUGGACCAGACUACUGUGGUUCAGGUUGCCGUUCAGGUCCUUGCACUGGCACCCAAGGCGGUAGUCUUGGUAGCAUUGUGUCACAAGCUUUCUUUAACAAUAUUAUCAACCGAGCUGAUAAUGGCUGCGCCGGAAAAAGAUUCUACACACGUGAUUCUUUCAUCAGUGCCGCUAAUACGUUCCCCAACUUUGCUAACUCCGUUACUAGGCGUGAAAUUGCUACUAUGUUUGCUCAUUUCACCCAGGAGGUCGGAUAUUUCUGCUACAUUGAAGAGAUAAACGGAGCGUCAAGAAACUAUUGCGACGACAGGAAUUACCCACAAUACCCAUGUGCACCAGGCAAAACCUACUACGGUCGUGGUCCGAUUCAGUUAUCAUGGAACUACAAUUACGCACAGUGUGGUCAGAGUCUCGGUCUCGAUCUUCUACGUCAGCCAGAGACAGUAAGCAGCAAUCCAACUAUAGCUUUCAGGACAGCUUUGUGGUUUUGGGUGAAUAACGUAAGGCCGGUACUGAACCAAGGAUUUGGAGCCACCAUUAGGGCCAUCAAUGGAGACUUAGAGUGUAAUGGUAAGAGUCCAGAUAAGGUUAAUGCAAGGAUUAGGUACUACAGAGAUUAUUGUGGGCAGCUUGGUGUGGACCCUGGUCCUAACCUUAGCUGCUAGAAAAGCUCUGUAAUGACUAUUGAUGGACGCUACUAAAAUAAAUAAAUGAGAUGAUCAUCAUAAAAUUAAAUCUCAUGCAUGGACUUUGUGUUGGGUUUCAAUGUUUCCUGCUCCACAAGCAAAAAAAAAAAAGUUGUAAUCUUAUACAAUAAAGGAGAUUUGUCUCUCUCCUUAGGCUAUCCACAUCACCAAAGAGGAUGGGGCAUUUUGUGACAGCCGUCCUUAUCUAUUUUUAUUUGUUUUGAUGUUUAAACGAUGAAUAUUUUUGCUGGGCUAUUAUUCUUUUAGGCCCAAUUGUUGUUACGUUUUAGCAUCAAUCUUCCUCACGUUCUCAAGCAAUCGGACUCUUCCUCUUCCAAAAACCAACGUAAGCUCCAACUAUAAAUCUCCAAUCUCCAAGGGAUGAACAGCACAAUUUGAGAAGAAAAGUCUCUACUAAUUACCAAAACCGAGAAUGGUUAAUUCCUUCAUCUUUCUUGCGGAUUUGAAAACAGGGACCAAUCUCCAAGGUCUCUGUUCACCCUCACCAUCACUGUCAACUUUGGUAAUCAUCUCCUUGCUAUUUUCGAUUUCAAAAUUUUUGGGUUUUGGUCUCUGUUUGUUUCGUGGGAUAGUGUUGGACGAUCCAAAGAUUUAUCUUUUGGUUUUAACACAUUCUGAUUAUAAUUUUAUGUGCAGGAAGAUGACAGGCUUUAGAGUAUGUGAUCAGUGAUGCUACUGAGCCAAACCUGUUUUUCUUUCAUAAGCAAAAGAUAUAUUGUUCCGACAAGGCUAACGUAUAAUAUCUUGGACGGUACUAUAAAUCAAACUCCACAGCUCUGUAGUGUAUUUGCAGCUCGAGUUGUAUGUUUCUUUAUCCUUUCUAUUUAUGUUCAUGUGUUGCUUAGGGGAAGAGACUAAGUGAAAGUUGUCUGAUUUUUGGUUGCGUCUAAAGUGUUUUUGUUUUCUUGUCUUUCUCUUUUAGGGUCUGGCUGUUUUUAAUAUUUUGAAGGCUUUUCUGCUGCUGCAUCGAAGUUGGAGACCAUUAGGCAGGGUAAAAUUUUGUUUUCUUCAAUAAGUUGGUUCUGUCACAGUUUCAUGUGAUGUAAAUCUUUUAUGCUACUAGGAGUCAGUUUCAAAGUUUGUUGCGAGCGACUAGAUAUGUCAAUAAGACUGGACUGAGAGGUAUAUGUGCUUUGUAUGAACUGCUUUGUAUGUCCAUGUGAUCAAGGUUAGUCUUUCUUCUUCUUUUUUUUAGAAACACAGUCUUUCUUCUUCUCUAAGAAAGCAUACUAGGUUGAAUUUAUCAAGUACUUGUGUAUAGGGAUGUUAACAUGGGUAGUUACCCAUGGGUUUACCCAAACCCACUAAUAAUGGGCUGGGUUUUUACCCAUCUAAAAUUAAUUGGGUCAACCAUGGGUAUUAAUUUUAAAACCCAUAUUUAUGUUGGGUAAAUACAAAAGGAUAAUGGUGUACCCAUGGGUUUUCAAUUAUAUAUAUAGAUUUUUACUAUUUUAAUUAAAUUAUAUAAAAAUUGCAAAAACGUUUUUUUCCGUCAGAACCAAAAAAUGAUUUUUUUCCGCAAAAACCCUACCUAAAACUAAUAUUUCUCACAGAAACCAAAAACGAGUUUUCCCGCCGAAACCGAAAAAUCGAGUUUUUCUACCGAAACCACAAAACUUGUUUUUCCGCCAAAACCAUAAAACUAAGUUUCCCGCCAAAACCGCAAAACUGAGUUUUCUCACCAAAACUGCAAAACUGAGUUUUCCCGUUAAAACCGUAAAAUCGAGUUUUCCGACUGAAAGCCCCAAAAUCGAGUUUUUCCGCCAAAACCGCAAAAGGUGUUUUCCCGCCAAUGCCGUAAAACUCAAUUUUCCCGCCAAAACCGCAAAAACCGAGUUUUCCCGCCAAAACCGCAAAAAAUGAGUUUUCCCGCCAAAACCGCAAAUGAGUUUUUCCGCCAAAACCGCAAAAAAUGAGUUUUCCCGCCAAAACCGUAAAACUGAGUUUUUCCGCCAAAACCGAAAAUUGAGUUUUCCCGCCAAAGAUGAGAAACCGAGUUUUUCCCCCAAAACCGCAAAACCGAGUUUUCCCGCCAAAAUCGAAAAAUCGAGUUUUCCCGCAAAAAUCGAAAAAUCGAGUUUUCCCGUCAAAGCCGAAAACCGAGUUUUUUCCCAAAACCGUAAAAACGAGUUUUCCAUCAAAAUCAAAAACGAGUUUUUCCGCCAAAACCGCAAAAGCGAGGUUUCCUGCCAAAACUGCUAAACUUCAGAAUAAAUAAGAUAAUACUUUGGGUACCCACGGGUAAACCUAUACCAUAUUGGGUUUAUUUUCUGGGUUUGGAUUUCAACCCUGAUGUUUCUGGGUUUUUGCAGGUUGGGUAUAAACUGGGUUGGGUUAUUUGUGGGUUGGGCUGGGCUGGGUUAUUUUACCCUACGUUAACAUCCCUACUUGUGUAUAUGUUGUUCUUUGUUGUGAUUAACUUCAUCGAUCUUAUGAUAUGAUCUAUGGUUUUUAGUUGAUGCUAAAAACCAGAACGCGCCUUCUGAGACAAAGCCCCUGAUAGUAAACAAGCUUUCACACCACUUCUCUUUCGGUAAGUAUCUCUAAUAAAAAUUAUUUAUUUUUCCUUAGAGGGGUUUUGUGGGUUGGCUCUGUGACGGGGAAUAUAGAGAACUUGGUUUGGUUAUCUGAAUAUGAAUGACGGUGGGCUUCACACUUCAACCACUUCAGUUAAAACUCCAGUUUUUUAAAAUUGUAUUUGGUCAACCUAUGCGCAUGGAGAGAAGUAAUCAAUUCAUUGUCCAAGAUUAUAUUCAAAGGUCAUGUCUACUUUGACUCAAGUUUGAGCAAGCUCCGAGAGUUACGAUGGAGAGUCCAAGGGGUAUCAACGUUGAUAACCGCAACAAUUUUUUUUUCUUUCUGAUAUUGACGGUUCUUUGUUUCAUCAGUGAUCCAGGAAGCUACAUUAUUCUAUGAGACCAUUGUCUGUACGUACAUACUGUACGGAUAUGGUGAAGAUUAAAGGGUUUAGCUUGGAUUCACGUGUCUGUAAGUCAUUAUUUAUUCUAUGCACAAACACAGCUCAAGUGUUUGACUCUAAUUCUAAUGUCUCUACUUCUCUCUCAGGUUCAUUAAUGGUUAAAGAAGCUGGUUCAUUGGUUAAUGAAGUUAAAUGGAAUAUUUUCGGUAGUAGUUUUAUUGUCUUAGACUCGGGUUUAGGCUCUGAGAUGGGUGAUCCUUCUCAUAGGAAUCUAGGAGGAAAAUCAGUAAAACCAACUCAAAACUCAAUCUCUACCGUAAGUUCAAUUUCUUCUUAAUUAUUCAAGGACUGUUUAUAACCUGAGGCUCUUUUCUCUGUGAACAAAAGUCUGGAGCUGUCAACUUGCGGAAAGUCAACAGGGUGCGAGGUCAUUGGAGUGCAAGCAAGAGUGACUAAACUUCUUAUGCGGUAAAGAAGAUUAGCUUAUUUAUGAAGAAGAGUCAGGUCUUUGUGUUUAGUAAGUUGCAUAGUCAGGUGUGGUUUGUAUGAAAUAUCAAGCUUUGAAGGGUGAUUUGUUUUUAAAAUUUGGUUAUUUUGGUUUAGGUCUAUUUUUUCAUUUGUAAUGUGUUUCUGAUCAUGAACCGGUUUGAGCAAAUACUAUUUGUCGUCUACGUAUGGUAAAUAUAUU